CGUGGGCGCGCCGCGGGGGUCUAGGGAGGUCUCGCUGUGGGUCUCCCCUGCCUCGCUGGAGCUACAAGUGGAGCUUGCCCUACUGUGUGCCCGGCGCACCUGCGCUCGCUCGCCCUGCCCAGGAGGCAAUGAGGUCAGGAGAAACCUGGGAUCCUCUCCCUCUCCCCAAAGCUGUGGACUGAGGGUAGGAGGGGGACAAGGAACAUCCCAGUGGGUGACCGCAGGCCUCGGUGGCUGCUGCUCCAUCUGAUCUCCCGGAGCGCCGGGCUCCAGACGGCCUGGAGCGCUGAAAGAGUUAACCAGGAACGCCUCCCCGCUGCGGUUUUGUGGUCGAAACCAUGAUUGCCAGGAGCAAAUUUUUGUCGUGCACAAGCUUCAGGUCUGUGCGAUUGCUGAAGAAUGACCCAGUCAACUUCCAGAAGUUCCCCUACACUAGCGAGGACGAGGCCUGGAAGACCUACCUGGAAAACCCCUUGACAGCUGCCACGAAGGCCAUGAUGAGGGUCAACGGGGACGAUGACAGUGUUGCCGCCCUGAGCUUCCUCUAUGACUACUACAUGGGCCCCAAGGAGAAGCGGAUCCUGUCCUCCUGCACUGGGGGCCGGAAUGACCAAGGAAAGAGGUACUACCAUGGCAUGGACUAUGAGAUGGACCUCGCUCCCCUUGAAAGCCCCACGCAUCUUAUGAAAUUCCUGACAGAGAAUGUGUCUGGAACCCCAGAGUACCCAGAGGGUCUCAAGAAGAAUAACCUGAUGAGUUUGGAGGGGACCAUGCCCACUCCGGGCAAGGCAGCUCCCCUUGGCCCCAGCAAGCUGGAAGCUGGCUCUGUGGACAGCUACCUGCUGCCCACCAGUGAUAUGUACGAUAACAGCUCCCUCAACUCCUUGUUUGAGAGCAUUCAUGGGGUGCCACCCACACAGCGCUGGCAGCCUGACAGCACCUUCAAAGAUGACCCACAGGAGUCGCUGCUCUUCCCAGACAUCCUGAAAACGUCCCCAGAGCCCCCGUGUCCAGAGGACUAUCCCAGCCCCAAGAGUGACUUUGAGUACACCCUGGGCUCCCCCAAAGCCAUCCACAUCAAGUCUGGGGAGUCGCCUAUGGCCUAUCUCAACAAGGGCCAGUUCUAUCCCAUCACUCUGCGGACCCCUGCAGGCGGCAAAGGCCUCGCCUUGUCCUCCAACAAGGUCAAGAGUGUGGUGAUGGUUGUGUUCGACAAUGAGAAAGUCCCGGCGGAGCAGCUGCGCUUUUGGAAGCACUGGCAUUCCCGGCAACCCACCGCCAAGCAGCGUGUCAUCGACGUGGCUGACUGCAAAGAAAACUUCAACACUGUGCAGCACAUUGAGGAGGUGGCCUAUAACGCGCUGUCCUUUGUGUGGAAUGUCAACGAGGAGGCCAAGGUGUUUAUUGGUGUCAACUGCCUCAGCACAGACUUCUCCUCGCAGAAGGGGGUGAAGGGCGUCCCCCUGAACCUGCAGAUCGACACCUAUGACUGUGGCUCGGGCGCUGAGCGCCUGGUGCACCGGGCUGUCUGUCAGAUCAAGAUCUUCUGUGACAAGGGAGCUGAAAGGAAAAUGCGGGAUGAUGAGCGGAAGCAGUUCCGGAGGAAGGUCAAAUGCCCAGACUCCAGCAGCAGUGGCAUCAAGGGCUGCCUGCUGUCGGGCUUCCGGGGCAAUGAGACCACGUAUCUGCGGCCUGAGGCUGACCUGGAGACGCCACCGGUGCUGUUCAUCCCCCACGUGCACUUCUCCGGCCUGCAGCGUCCUGGAGGGGCUGUGCCCUCGGCGGGUCAGAGCAGCUCCAGCAGGCUGCCUCUGAAGCGCACCUGCUCACCCUUCGCUGAGGAGUUUGAGCCUCUGCCCUCCAAAAAGGCCAAGGAAGACGAUCUUCAAAGAGUUCUCUUGUACGUGCGAAGGGAGACCGAGGAGGUGUUUGAUGCCCUCAUGUUGAAGACCCCGGACCUCAAGGGGCUGAGGAAUGCGAUCUCUGAGAAGUAUGGGUUCCCCGAAGAGAACAUUUACAAAGUCUACAAGAAAUGUAAGCGGGGGAUCUUGGUCAACAUGGACAACAACAUCAUUCAACACUACAGCAACCAUGUCGCCUUCCUGCUGGACAUGGGGGAGCUUGACGGCAAGAUCCAGAUCAUCCUUAAGGAGCUGUGAGGCCCGGGCAUCCAUGCCCUCAGACCCCCUGGGGCCGGCCCAGGCAAGGAGCCCUCUGGGAAGUGGCCCCAUGCCAUACCACACACAACGUCUCCUCAUGCCUCAGUGCUGUUACUUGAAUGUCCUCCCUGAGGGAGGAGGCCCUCAUAUUGCAAACCCACAGAUGCUACGGUCAGGGAGGGACCUGGGAAGUGUCCCGAUCUGAACCCCAACUCAUGCUUGAAUCUACACUGGAUUUCCUGCCGGUGCCUGCCCAGCUAGUGAGAGUGUCAUGUUGGUUCACGUCCCCAUGGCCUAUCUCCUUCUCGGAAGACCCCAUUCUUUCUGCACAUCUCCCGGUUGGCUCUUCACCCUCUUUCCCAAAGCUGCCUUGAAUCUUGUUCAGCUUCCAUUCUUGAUUCUUCUAUCAACUUCAGACUGAGGAUUCCUUAUAUUGUUGCUCAAUUAACUUUGAUUUUCAGUGCAAACAAUUUUUAAAUGUCACCAUAGUGGAAACACUCUCAUGGAUUUUGUCAAUACAAGGUGUAAAUAAUAAUGCUCAUUGAUUGGAACAAAGUGGCUGCUGUAUAAAACAACUGUGCCUGUUUGCUGAUGUACACAUUUCUUAUUUACAAUUUCCAUUUAUGUUAUAUAUAUAUAAGUAUAUAUUGUAUAUACAUGCAACAUUUUAUAUUUUUCAUGGAUACAUUUUUAUCAUUUCAAAAAAAACGUGUAUUUCACAUGCUUGGACUGUUAUUUUUUUUUUUUUAGCUGUUAUUCAAUUAUGCAUUUUGUAUACUCACAUGGUAUUUAGUAAUAAAAUUCUACCUAUGUAUUGCUUCAAAUAC